AUGUUAAUUGUAGAGGACAUUCAUCAUCGCCUUACGGAGUACUGCACAAAAUUGCGAAAUCUAAACGACAUCAAAAAGAAAACAAGCCCAUUCGGACCGGUGGUUUCACUUCUGUUCCGUCAGCAGAGUCCCCGGAUAAACCCUGCCUACGACGUCGGGGAUGGAUCUCGCGACCCGACCAAGGCACCAGUAUACAACGCUUUGCACCAACCAGCCAAGCAGCAACCAGCCGGCACGCUUGUUUUUGCGGCGGAAGAAAAGAAAAGCUUUGAAGAAGAAAUUCAAAUUCUUUGUCAGAAAGCGUUAGCUUCCGAAGAAGAUCCUGAUGACCUAAGUCACGCAAGCAAUCCAUCUAGAGAACGCACACCGAUCACCAUGGAAGACAAAUGA